UUUACGGAAGUGCCAGCAUUUUGCGGGUGCUCGUCUGUCUCUUUCAAAUGUCACGUUAAAAGCGAAUAAGCCUAUUUGUAACCCAAAAAAAUAGUUACACGAAACCGCUGUGUACGAAAAGUCGCAUAUUGACAACAAGUGUGUGGUAGAGUACGAAGUAACCGCUUUGCUUUGUUGUAAUUAUUAACAAAUAGAGCUAGCUUUUGUUUCAGUGCUAGCUAAGUUGUCAUUCGAACAACGCUUUUCGGGUGGUAGUUUAGCAGGUGUUCCAGGGCCCCGUAAAGUCACAUUCGGUUGUGUUUCGCGAAGUUUAGAGAACAUUUGAACAGUUGGGUAGAGUGAGCUAACAGCCAACGUUAGCUCUUGUAGUUAGCAUCAUGGGUGCUGAGCAGAGCGGAGAUGCAGAGCACAAACACUCCGACUACAGUUCCACAGUGGUUCCCUCUCCGGCUAAGCAGAAGGCAAAGAUGGAUGACAUUGUCGUGGUGGCUCAGGGGACUCAGUCCACGAGGAACAUCCACAGUGACCCUGAUGUCAUUAAACUCCAGGAGAUCCCCACCUUUCAGCCCCUCUUGAAAGGAGUGUUGAGCGGCCAGACGUCCCCUAGCAGCGUGUGUCUGGAGAGACUGGAACCCGCGCAGGUGCUGCACCUCUGCACCCGCUACCAGGACCACCUGCACCAGUGCGCCGAGGCCGUCUCCUUUGACCAAAACGCUUUAGUCAAGCGCAUCAAAGAGAUGGACCUCUCGGUGGAGACCCUCUUCAGCAUCAUGCAGGAGCGCCAGAAGCGCUACGCCAAGUACGCCGAGCAGAUCCAGAAGGUCAAUGAGAUGUCAAUGAUCCUGCGCCGCAUCCAGAUGGGCAUCGACCAGACGGUGCCGCUGAUGGAGAGGCUCAACAACAUGUUGCCCGAGAGCGAGCGCCUGGAGCCCUUCAGCAUGAGGCCCGAUGUGGACUCUAGUACCAAACUUGAGCUCACUUCCUAAGCCUCCACGUCGGCAGAGAUCAUCACGCGACGUGUGCUUCUCGUGUUCCCGGGGAAAGCUGACAUGCCGC